AAAUGUGAGGAGCCACUUGGGAGCCCAAAGAGCCGGCUCUUUUUGGUGAGAUAAGCCAAAAGAACCGGCUCUCUAAAAAAGAGCCGGAAUUCCCAUCACUAAAUUAUGCUCGCGACAGCGCGGUUUUAUUACGAGCGUAUUUUGUCCCCGGCGGCUUUCCAUGGCUCACGAGACACCUCCGUUGUCACAUGACCCGUUUGCUGUAGCCAUCCACUCAUUGGCUGAGAAUAGUGACGGAGCCCACACUCCACGCUCUGAUUGGCCAGCAGGCGUCCGUCACGCAGCGUUUCCUGGUUACUAGUAAAUAGAGCCAGACCGUCUUCCGCCAGUCCCACGGUGCCUUUAACGGAGCAGAAGCUAAGAUGCCGCUCAGCAGACACCUGCCUCUGCUCGCGUUGUGUCUCUUUGUGACGGCAGACUGCCGGUUUCCCACCCUGGAGCACAUCAGGACGAGCGCGAGCGAGGAGGCGCAAUCCAGAGCGGUGGCCGGGCUCCUGAGACGGCUGCUGGGGAACAGGUCUUCAGAGUUCGUGGUGUCCGUCAACAGGAGCCUCUCCAACGACAGCCUGGAUGUGUGUGAGCUCAGCUCCUCCAAAAACAAGAUCCUCGCCACCGGCAGCAGCGGGGUGGCCGUGGCCUCUGGCAUCUACAACUACCUGAAGUACUUCUGCAACUGUCACGUUUCCUGGUGUGGGAGGCAGCUGGAGCUGCCCAGUCCUCUGCCCAGGCUCACCGGUGUUCUGCGGAUCAACACACCCCACAGGUUCCGGUAUUACCAGAACGUGUGCACCGUCAGCUACUCCUUUGUGUGGUGGGACUGGCAUAGGUGGGAAGAAGAGAUCGACUGGAUGGCGCUCAAUGGCAUCAACCUGCCGCUGGCUUUUACUGGCCAGGAGGCUCUGUGGCAGGAGGUGUAUCGCGCUCUUGGAUUGAACGAGUCCGAGAUAGAAGAGUUUUUCUCCGGACCGGCGUUCCUGGCUUGGAAUCGCAUGGCAAACAUGAAAAAGUUUGGUGGACCUCUGCCCCAGUCCUGGCAUGUGAACCAGCUGGUUCUGCAGUUUCAAAUCCUGGAGCGAAUGAGAGAUUUUGGGAUGAUUCCUGUGCUGCCGGCUUUCUCCGGGAACAUUCCCAGAGGAAUUCUCAGGUUGUAUCCACAAGCCAACGUUACCAUUCUGGGACCAUGGGCUCAUUUCAACUGCAGCUACUCUUGCUCCUACAUCCUAGACCCACGAGAUCCACUCUUUCUCCAGAUUGGCUCCCUCUAUCUGGCUCAAGUGGUAAAGCAAUUUGGCACAGAUCAUAUCUACAAUACUGACACUUUCAAUGAGAUGACCCCCCCAUCUUCAGAUCCUGCUUAUCUAGCUGCAAUCAGUCGCUCUGUUUUUGCCUCAAUGACUGCAGUGGACCCUGACGCUGUUUGGCUGAUGCAAGGCUGGCUCUUCUACAGCGAUCCUUCAUUCUGGAAGCCAGCACAGAUUCAAGCACUACUGCAUGGAGUACCACUUGGUAGAAUGAUUGUGCUAGAUCUGUUUGCAGAGACUGAUCCAGUUUUCUCAUACACGGAGUCGUUCUAUGGACAGCCAUUUAUUUGGUGUAUGCUGCACAACUUUGGAGGGAACCACGGCUUUUAUGGCACAGUUGAAAGCAUCAAUUCAGGUCCAUUCAAGGCCUUGACUUUUCCUAACUCAACUAUGGUUGGAGUAGGUAUGACACCGGAGGGUAUUGAACAGAAUCCAGUUAUAUACGAGUUGAUGAGUGAGUUGGCAUGGCGCAAGGAGCCUGUCAAUUUAGCCAAGUGGGUGUCCCUCUAUGCAGCACGCCGCUAUGGCAGCAUGCAGGAUAAUCUGACUGCUGCUUGGAAGCUAUUAUUUGCCAGCGUUUACAACUGCACUGUCCCUAAUUAUAUAAACCACAACCAUAGCCCGCUUGUGCGCAGGCCAUCCUUUCGCAUGAAUACUGGCCUUUGGUAUGACCCCGCUGAUUUGGUUGAAGCCUGGAAGCUGUUUAUGGAAGCGGCUCCUUCUCUUAUGUCCAAAGAGACCUUCCAGUAUGAUCUUGUAGAUGUGACUCGGCAGGUCCUACAAGUCCUAACAACGCAUUUUUACCUGGAUAUCGUUAACGCUUUUCAGAGUAAAAAGAUGUCUGAGCUGAUGAUUGCAGGUGGUGUGUUAAUUUAUGACCUGUUGCCUGAGCUCAAUCGUUUGUUGAGUAGCAACCAGAGGUUUCUGUUGGGCUCAUGGCUGGAGCAGGCCCAGUCCAUGGCCCUGAAUGAGAAAGAGGCUCAGCUCUAUGACAUGAAUGCCAGAAACCAGGUGACCCUGUGGGGUCCUAGUGGUGAGAUUCUUGACUAUGCUAACAAACAGUGGGGAGGGCUUAUAGAAGACUACUAUGCUCAGAGAUGGGUACUGUUUGUCCAAACACUGGUGGAGAGCUUGGACAGUGGCGUACCCUUUAAUCAGGACACUUUCAACCAAGCUGUUUUCCAGAUUGAAAAAGGAUUUAUUUACAAUGGUAGGAAGUACCCAACCAAACCUCAGGGAGACACGUACGAGAUUGCACACAGAAUAUUUCUCAAGUAUUACCCACAGGCCAUUAAGAAACUACAUUAAACAGGAAAACCCUGGUUUCAUGUCAGAGUAGGAGGAAUGUUCAUCACCUCCUUUCCUUCACUCUUCGACUUUUUUAUUUGAAAUCAUUUUUAAUUAUUGAAGAAAAAAUUGUUUUAUUCUGAUUUGAUAAAAUAAAUUGAAAAUUAAAGCUACAAUAGCAAAUUACAGAACAAGCUAGCUUAAAACACAUGUUCAUGCCUCUUAACAACUUGUUAUAGUUAUAAAUAUUUUGUGGCCUUUGUUUUCCAUCAAUGACACAGCUCGGGCCGAAGUCAACCAUUGGACCAUCCGGUUUUCGGUCUCACUGAACCACCGGACUUCCACACUUCCCUGGGUCCUCUACUCCUUACGCACUCACGUAUUUAGCAACAGAGCACCACUGGUGUGAGAGGUUUGCUUUUCAAAUGAACCAGAGAAGGAGAAAAAGCCGGCUCCUACCAAUUCAACUUUAGGAACAACUAUCAGUGACCCCAAAAACAAACCCACUUGAAGUCACAGACAACAAAAUAUGUUUGGACCUAGAAAAUUAUGACUGGUGUUUAGCACUAUCUUGUCUACUUUGGCAAUGCGAGUUCUGCUUCUGGCCAAUAACAAUAUGGCUAUACUCUGCUCUGUCACAGUUAUUAUCCACUCUUUCAAACUUUUUUCUGCUAACUUUUGCCUUUCUGCAUUGCUUUUGUCUGCACUCUUCUUCGUCAAUGUCCUGGCUACCAUCUCAGAUAAUCUCCAGACUCUUGUCUUUUUGAUCAUCCAAUAUUGUCCAGUAGGCCCUUUGGAUUCACCUUUAGCUUUGUUUUUGUUUGCGGGGUGUUGGACCCAAGCUAACCACUCCAUCCAAGCCAAGCACCUCUUGGGACGUUUUUCCGAUUCUGGUGAAAACUCUGAGGAAAAGGGGGAAACUUUACAAACACUUUGCAUCAAACCCUGCUAACUUACGCCCACUAACUCCAGCUGUUUCUCUUUCUCCUUCUGAGCUUCUGACUCACACCGAUGCAGGGGACUGUUCUGUUGUGGUCCUGCUGGACCUGACUGUUGACCAUCACCUGCUACUGGAGAGGCUGAGAGACUGGGCAGGCCUAUCAGGAUCUGCUUUGGAGUGGUUCUCCUCUUAUUUGUCUGAACGUUCCCUUUUUGUGGUCAUCUCCAAGUUUAGGUCCUCCUCCACCUCUCUUACCCAUGGUGUUCCACAAGGUUCUGUGCUGGGGCCUCUACCGGUUCUCUUUUAACAGCUUCCUUUCCAGUAGAUCUUUGGUAUGUUCUUGCUGUGUUGCGUUUCUAACUGCAUUGUUGGUUCUUAUUUAAAACACGCUGAUGGUGGCGUCACUUCCCUCUCCGCGUAUAAACGGAGAGGGAAGUGACGCCACCACCAGCGUCAGCUCUGAGGACGUUUGCAGCCGCGAACGAAACUGUAAGCAAGGUAAAAAGAAACCUUUACUGUGUUUUAAAUAAGAACCAACAAUGCUCUCUAGUACAUGCUGAGCUCUUUUAGGAGUCUCCUACCAUCUUCAUGCAGAUGACAUCCAACUGUACAUCUCCUUUAAGCCCCAUGAGAUGUCUAAGCUGCAGCUGUUACACACCUGCUUAGACUCUAUAAAAACCUGGAUGGUGGGAGCUUUCUUCAGCUGAAUGAAGAUCAGACUGAGAUCCUCAUCUGUGCCCCAGACAAGCUGGUUCCCAAAGUCAGAGACUCUCUUGAUCAGCUUACUUCCCACACCAAACCCUCCAUCAGGAAUCUUGGCGUGACCUUUGACCCAGCUCUCACCCUGGAUUCUCAUGUCAGUUCUCUUGUUGGCUCUUCCUUCUUCCAUCUCAGGAACGUUGCUAAGCUGAGUCCCAUUCUGUCCCGCUCUGAACUUGAGACAGUUCUCCACACCUUCAUCUCCUCACGCUUAGACUACUGUAACUCUCUUUUCACGUGUCUGAGCAGAACCUCCCUGAACCGUCUACAGGUGGUUCAGAACGCCUGUGCUCGGCUUCUGACCAAGUCCUCCAAACACACCCACAUCACCCCGCUUCUCCUCCAGCUUCACUGGCUGUCGGUUGAAGGUGUGGUUCAGUGAAAGGCCAUUUUGAAGGGAAAUUUAUGAUUAUAAUUGGUCUCUGUGAGUUUUUCAUGCAAGCUGAACCUGCAGCCUAUCUUCUGCAUUAGCUUCUGAUAGAAGACAGACUUCAAAACUCCAGGAUUAGAAAAGCCUGACAGAUCUACAUCACACUUAACAUUCAUGACCAUCUUUUUUUCCCCAUGUCAUGUCCAGCUGUAAAUCAAUCAGAUUUGUUGUGCCAAAAUCGAGCUUUACAGUUCUAUGUUCAAAUGUGGAGCGUUAAGGAUUUAGCUAUAAUGCCCCGGCUGAUAUAAAAACUUUAUUAGAAAUGCCUUUGGUUGUUUUUAAUCCCAACGGACAGUGCGGCGGAAAUGAAAGAGAAAGGGAGGAGAGGAAAGGAAAGGAAGAGGUGGAGGGAAAUGUUCCAAAAAUAGACAAUUAAGGAUGUACAAGAAUUUGCUUCUAGACCUGCAGAAUAAGAGAGGGAAUAUAAAAGGCACACACACAAAAGUACAACAGAACCUAAAUGUCACUGCGCCAACAACAUAAGGAUGUUUAACGGUAGAGGUUUUUGCUGGAAAGCACACUGUAAUAAUUCAUAGUGCAUUUAGUGCCAACCACAGCCCUUACUUGUGAGCACCUGUGUGCAUACACGUGGUUGUGUAUGUAAGGUUUCUCUAUAGGAGUGUCCGAUAGUGAGUGUGUGGGGCCACCAACCUGCCCCAAAAGAUCCACAGAAGAUGGAGAUCCAAGCCCUAGAGAUCCACAGGUCUUCCCCAGAGCGUGGAGACCACAGGGAGACUGCCGUCGGAGCCCAACACCUCUCCCGAGAGGCGCAGAGGACCGUCCAGAGGACCAGGAGAUUCUAACAACAAGCCCCCAGGCCCGCCCUCAGCCACCCACUCCAGGGCAGGCUGAGCUCAGAACUCAGUGGGGCGGGACCCAAAGGCGUCCAACCCCGGCGGAGACCUGACAGAGCCCAGGGGCCCAGACCCCACCAGGCAGACACCAGGAGCAAGCCAGCAGAAGAAAACUUCCAGCCCCAGACAUGAGAGCUGCAAAUACACAGGCAGACUGAGGCACCAUCCAAUCCAAUCCAGUCCAAUUCAAUUCAAUUCAAAUUUAUUUAUAAAGUGCCAAAUCAGGACGAGAGUCGUCUGAAGGACCUUCACACAGUAAACAACACAGGUCAGGCCAUUAAGCCUAUCAGUAAAAAGUUUCCUAUAUAAGGAACCCAACAGGUCGCAUCGAGUCACAGACUAGUGUCAGAGUCUUUACAGCAAUCCUCAUACUAAGCAAGCAUGCAGCGACAGUGGAGAGGAAAACUCCCUUUUAACAGGAAGAAACCUCCAGAGAAUCCUGGCUCAGUAUAAGCGGCCAUCCUCCUCGACUCACUGGGGAUGGAGAAGACAGAGCACACACACACACACCCCAAGUAGUAUUUCUAUGGUUACAUUCUGAUUUCAUAGUAAGUAUUCAAGCUUGUGAUUGCUCAGCACUGCCAUUGCCCCAUCACAAAAUAAGCCAAAGAUAUUUAGUGGCAGACACAAAGCAAAUUGAGAAUGUCUUGUGGAAAAAGUGUUAAAGUGAACGUUUAUUCACCCGUGACUGAAGGAACACAAAGAUGCAAUGUGAGCAUUUUAUACAUGGAGGGAAAUGAAGGGAAACAUGAGUUUAGAGAAUGAUGAGCAAAUUUUUCUGUGUUAAAAAGUCUCUGAAAUACAUAAACACAACAUAAAGACAAUAGUAAAUACUAGGGAUUUCCAGUAUCGGUCUACUAAUAUCAUCGGCCAAUGUUGGAACAAAAAUAUAAAAUUGGAACAUAUCUGCAUCGGUUUUUACUCCUUUAAUUGCCCCGCUUUUACGUUCCAUAUUGUACAUCAAAACCUCGUGCCGAAAUAUAACAGAUGUGAUGCCAAACAUUCCCUAAACAAAUCAAUACUUAUAAAGACAAACGUUUUCUGAGGCACAAACAAAUAGAGCAAAAUUAGCGUGUUUGUCCAUCAUGCUGUUGAAAAUCCAUAAAUGAUGUCCAGUUGUUAUAAAAUAUAUGACCUUAAAAAUCUGGUCUAAAGGGUGGCAGGUCCAAGUCUCUGGGGCACGCCUUAUUAGGUGCCAUGUUUUCUUCUGGCCACCUCAGGGUCCUCCGCCUGCCGACGACAUCACACUAGACUAUUGGGUGAAUGUAUGAUUUAUGGAAGUUAUGUUACCAAUCCAGUCCAAUCCAAUUUUAUUUAUAUAGCGCAUUUAAAAACAGCAUGUCAGCUGACCAAAGCACUGCACAGAGUUGAACCUAAAAAGCCAUUCAAAUUCACAUACAUACACAUUAAACACAGAUAAAAACUAUCAUAAAAUAGAAACACCUAAAAUCAAAACAAAUGUUUAAAAUAGCCAAUAAAAAAAGAAGUCAGUAAAAACAGAAGUCAGUAAAAACAGAAGAGAGUCACAGCAUAAAAGACCGAUCAUUGACCAAAAGCUAAAUUAAAAUGCGUCUUCAGGCUGGAUCUAAACUGGGCCAGUGAAGAAGCCUGGCGUACCACCAGAGGGAGUGCGUUCCAGAGUCUGGGAGCAGCAAAGGCGAACGCACGCUCCCCACGAGCAUUAUACUCCAUUGUAGGGACUUUGAACAACAGAUGAUCAGCAGACCUUAGUGACCGGGGGGGGGGGGGCAGCUCUGACAGGUAUAAGGGGGCUAGACCAUUCGACCACACAUUCGAAAACAUUCAGACGGUAAGAAGCAUAAAUUUAACAACAAAUUUUUUCCCAAAAUCUAUGUAAAAGAACAGAAUCGACAAAGAGAUGGAAUAUAUUUUGGCCGAGUGGUAUUGGCGUAGUUUGACACCAUCGGCAGGUGCAGGACCCCGAGCAGAUCUGGAAACUACAGCGCCAGAAAACUAGCAUCAGCAUUACAUUCUCUCAAUGGAAUUAAAUGAAGGACUAUGAAAGUCUUGAGGGGUCACACCCCACAGGCAACAACAUUUACCGUAAUGUUUUUUCCAGCUAGCAACAGUCAUGGCGAUAUCAUGUAAAACUACCCUGGAUUGUACAGUGUGUAUGUACUAACCCCUAGUUCCAGGAAUCUACAAACUGCAACUUUAUUUCACUUGUACAAUUUAUUAACUUAUUAUUCAAACUUUUUUCCAUCAUGAACUUAAAAAUGCUCUUUGGCCUAAGAUCAUUUGUCAGGGUUACAGUUGGGGUUAUCUCAGGGAGCAUGCCAUUCAGCUGCUGUUGGAGACAAGCUAAACAUGACACUUUUUAUUCUGUUACUAACUAAAACGAAAGUAGGUGCGAUUUUGAACAGAUAAAGUGUUAAACUUAAGCAUGCAUAAUAGGAGAUAUGUGAUAUUAGGAACCUAAAUUAUUUAUUUUUUAUUUUUGUGGGACCUCGCAUGUAUCGGUUUAUAUCGGUUCCGGGAAAUUAAGAGUUAGAAAUGAUGGGAUUUAGGUAGAAAAGUCAAUAUCAAGCAUCCAUAGUAAAUACAGUAUUAUGGAUGGAUACAUGACUGUAAUGGUGCAGGAUACCCCACACAAGCGCUACGCACUCUGUUGUCUGAGCUGGGAAUAGCUUUGCAGCCCUUCAAAGGUGAUGGAGACAUGGACGUAAUUUUGGGGGGGGGACAGGGGGGACAUGUCCCCCCCACUUUUUCCAAAGUCGAGUUUUGACCCCUGCGCUUUUUACCAUCCAAAAACAAUAUUACUUUAUAUUAAAUUGACACUGGUUGAGGUUUAGGACCAAGCAGAAAACAACUGUUUGUGUUGAAGCCUGUUUCCCAUUAGAACAUACUGUAAAGAUACCCCCCACCCCCCCACUUCUAAAGUGAAAAUUACGUCCAUGGAUGGAGAAGUCUGAAAGCAAAGCAUCUCCAUCAGUGCAUGUGCGCGACUCCACACUCUUGAGUAAUAUAAAUCGGCUUUGAAUGCCAAAGGUGACAGACCAUCUGCUGCUGUGGCCCCCAGACUCUGGACCUCUCUCCCCCUGAGCCUGAGAUCAGUGGACUCAGUGGUCUCCUUUAAACUCACCUGUUCAGGCUUUGGUGGGACCUCCUCUUCUUCCUCAAUAGCUUCUCUUCAUGCUGCUGUUUCUGCCAGUUCAGUCUUUCUUGGUAUCCCAUGAUUACAUUUUUGUUAUAAAUUUUUUCUUCCUUCACAUUUUUUCAUCUAAAAUUUCCCUUGUUGCCCAUUUUUUACUACAAUAUUUUUAAAAAUAAUGUUUAUAAUUUUUGUUAAUAAAAAGGGCCUCGUGAUUGUUAUCUUGACAGGUGCUAUAUGAAAAAAAUGGUGUUUCCUCUGUUAUGAGGCGGCCAUGGCCCAAGGACGAUGGCUUGUUUUGUAGACUUGGAAUUGCAGAUUUAAUGUCGAAGUUGUUGGAAAAUAGCAGUUUGCUGAUGACACCUAGGCUCUUUAUAGAGUUGGAGAACACAUAUGACCAUAUUACAGUCUUAUUCUGUUGAAUCUAAUUUUCAGACAUAUUCUGGGGUUUUGGUUUUCAAGUUUAUGUGAUUUUAAACAUUUUUGAAGAAGGAAAUUUGUAUUUUUUAAUGAUUAAAUUCAAUAAAAUUAUGUUUGAUAUUG